AUGCCUUUGGUGGCAAUGAUUUCCGACAAAACCGCAAUGUUGGAUGAGGUCAAUGCGGUGGCCAACACUCCAAAAGGAUGGUGGAUUGAUACGGUCGCGACCCGUCAUGUGUGCCCAGACAGGAGGCUCUUUACCACCUUCAAAGAGCUUGCGGGAGAUGAGAAGCUAUACAUGGGAAAUGCAGCCAUCGUGGACAUCAAGGGUGAAGGAACGGUGAUUUUGAAGUGGACUUCAGGGAAGGAGCUCACUUUAAGCAACGUGUUAUAUGUCCCAGACUUGCGCAAGAGCCUAGUCUCGGGUUGUUUGCUUAAUAAGUUUGGAUUUCGUUUAGUUUUUGAGAGCGAUCAAUCUGUACUAACUAAACGAGGAAUGUGUCAUGUUGGUGGAGCCUGCAAACCGGAAGAGUUGUUGUUGUUGAGAGACAAUAUUGGCAUUGAAUCGUGA